AUGGAGUUGAAACCAACAAAAAUCCCUUUGCCAAGGUAUACAGGCAUGGAUAAAACUAGAUUUCUGCAGGAAAUUUACCCCUUGAGGAAGCCAGCUGUGUUACAAGACUUGGAUCUGGGAGUGUGCAAAUCACAAUGGACCUUGGAUUAUAUGAGCAGGAAGGGAGGAGGACGUGAAGUAAAGAUCCAUGUGUCUGAGCUACCACAGCUGGACUUUAUUAAGAAGAAUUUUUUAUAUAGAUCACUUCCAUUUGAUGUUUUUGUACGUAGAGCAGCUGAGGACAAACACACAGACUUCUUUAUCUCUGAGGUAGUUAUAACCUUCAGUGGUGGACUUCAAAGGUCUACUUGUAAGGAAAGUCCUCUACAAAGCUACUUCUGCUGA